AUGACAGCAGUUAUGAAGCCGAAGAAAAAAGAGACUUGUCUAAAAAUCAUUCUCAAUGGCACACUUUAUAACACGUCCUUUCCGGGAAACGGGACAGUGCUUAACAAUACAUCUAGUCUUGGCGCGAAUCAAUCACAAUUACUCAACUCCAACGGUUCGCAAGCCCUUAAUGGCUCGCUUUACAAUACGUCCUUUCCGGCAAACGGUACAGUACUAAACAAUACAUCUAGUUUUGGUGCGAAUCAAUCUCAAGUACUUAACUCUUCAGAGAUAGCUAGCUUUACUAGUGGUUUGCUCGCCGAGCUCCCGGAGAACGGUAUGAAGAAGAGCGAACUUUUCUUGGGCUUUUUGCCGGAUGAUGGCUCGUCAGGCGGCAACAGACAAACGAUGGCGCAAUUAAAUUCAGCCAUCGGUACCAAGGCAUCCGUUUACGGUUGGUAUGCCCAGGCACAGUCCGGGGUACCUUUCGAUGGCUCCCAGUUGCUCGCAAUAAUCGACGACGUCAAGGCCUGUAACUGUGUUUUUCAACCGGCAGUUAUGCCGACCGGUGGAUGGAAAGGCCUCACAAGCUGGGAUAACAGCCAAGCUGUCGCUAUUGCCCAGGUGUUAAAAAACUUUACCGAUGAGGGGAUCCCAGUCUGGCUACGCUUCGCUCACGAAGUAAACUACUAUCAGACUGAUGGUACUUACCAAGGAACUGCGGCCGAUUUCAAAGCUGGCUGGGCGGCCAUGGCAGACGCGAUAAAAAAAAUCGCUCCAAGUGUAAAGAUGUGGUGGACUCCCAAUGUCUCUACAGAAGAAGAUUACGCCAAAUAUGAGCCGGAUGACAUGAGCACGGUUGACCUGGUUGGAAUCGACUUCUAUCCCAAGAAAUUGAGUGGCUCCGAUUUCCUCGACGCCAUGAAAGCCUUCCAUGAUAAGUAUGCGGUGGAUGGUCGCAAGUUCGCAAUCGGAGAGACAGGUCUUGGCUGGAGUGGAGGCCUGGAUGACAAAGUCAAAUGGUUUAACGAGAUCUGCGACGCCAAGUCCUCGCUGCCGGAAUUUGUUUCCAUGGCCUGGUUCAACUUCGACAAGGAAUACGAUUAUAAAAUUGCAGGGGAACCGACGUUGGAUCAGAAAUUCACCUCGCUUAUAGCCACCUGA